AUGGCUGAAGUGAUUCGUUAUGUUGAUAUUCACAAUGGAAAAAUUACAGUUGAAGAAAGUUUUAUAGAUUUUAUAAACACAGAGGAAAAAACUGGAGACGAGUUGGCUAUGGAAAUAUUAUCAAAAUUAAAAGCUGAUGAACUUGAUGUACAAAAUGUACGGGGACAGGGGUAUGACAAUGCAGCUAACAUGUCAGGAAAAUACCAUGGCGUUCAGGCAGUCAUAUUAAAUAAAAACAAUUUAGCCACAUUCAUUCCAUGCGCUGCUCACUGCCUUAACUUAAGUGGCGUACAUGCAGCAUCAGCUAAUGUUAAGGUACAAUUUUUUUUCGAUGUGAUUCAGAAAAUAUAUACGUUUUUUGUCAAAUCAACCACUCGAUGGAAAAUUUUAAUGGACACAUUAAAAAUUUCAUUGAAAGGUCAUUCAGAUACUAGAUGGGCUUCAAAAGCACAAGCUGUUAAGGCGAUGAACUCACAAAUAAAAGAUGUAUUUAAGGUACUACAAAAUAUUUCUGACUCAGAACUUAAUUUGGAAACAAAAUCAACAGCUAAAAAUUUACUUAAAUUGAUCAAUUUUGACUUUCUCUGUUUACUUAAUAUUUGGAAUCAAAUUUUAAGUAGUAUAGAUCGUGUUAAUCAAGCUUUACAAAACAAAAGCUUAUCGUUGGAAAAAGCUUCCAAUUUGUUAUUUGGGCUUAAAAAUUCUUUGCAGGAAAUUCGCGACACAACUAUGGAAGACAAUUUUACAAAUGCUACAAAAGUUGCAGAAGAGUUACAAAUAUCAGCAACUUUUAAGGAAUCAAGAACAAAAAAAAAAAAAAGAUUAGAACUUUAUGAAACAGAUGAUGAUGUGAUAAAUAUUUCUGCAGAACAAGAUUUGCGAAUUACCAUUAUAGACUCAAUAGAUAUUCUUCUUACUCAGAUGAAAUGGCGGUAUGAAAAAAUUAUGGAAAUUUCAAACGAUUUUGAAUUUCUUUCCGGUCAUUCAUUAACCAAUAUGAGUUCACACGAUUUGCAAAAAGCAGCUGCUGAUCUAGGACUUAAAUAUAAUGAAGACAUAAAUACUGCGGAAAUAGUUGAAGAAAUUAAAGAUUUUAAACAUGCAGCUUUAUCAAUUUUGCCAAGUAUUGAAUCAGUAACGUUUUUGGAUUUAUUACAAAUGAUUCACGAUUAUAAGCUUAAAGAAUCGUAUCCAAAUAUUGAAAUUGCUAUAAGGAUCUUUCUCUCAAUGCCCGUUACAACAGCUUCAUAUUUAUGGACUGUGCAAUUUGAAGAACUUGAAUUUAUGUCGUGGGUAACAUUAAAAAAAGUCCCAACUUGGUCUCAAAUUGAAGAAACUAUAGAAUUUGCAAUUAAAAAAAGCUUUUUCUCACCUUCAUUGGAUUCUAAGUAA